UCCAUGUGCAUUAUGUCUACUUUUGUAAUUUGACAACUCAUCAAUAACAUUGACCAAUAGGUCAUGGAGCUCAUAUUUGUGAUACACUUUUCAGUUUUGUCCCUUGAAGAACUCAUCAAGGUGCAUUAAUUAGCCCGAUCUGAAGAGGCUCAUAUGUUGCAGAAAGCUCAAGUAUUACUAUUUGAAUUGCGAGCCUCGUCUACUAGCUACUCGAUCUUAAGUAACUACAGUUACGAGGAUCCAUCCAGUUACGAAGAAGAACAAAAAAGCUAAUGGGCCUAGUACAUGCGGAGUCUGAUGGGCCUCGACAAAAUUGCGCACGCCGCAUUACAAAACCAUUUGAGGAUCUGGGGUCAAAGCUCAAGAGAUAUGAAGAUUACCCAAGUCCAUAUAAGCAAACCACUAGUUCAUUGGACCGGGAGCCUAAAACGGAAAUGGACCUGGUUUUGAUACAACCUCAAAAGCUAGCUCCUCUAACACCCCCUGCGCCCAGGCCUAACUGACAUUGAUGCGUGGACCGAGAGCCCAAAACGCCCCGUACGCCCAGGCCUAACUGGCACUGGCGCGUGGAUCGGGAGCCCAAAACGGGAAUGGACCUGACUCUGAUAUCAUGUCAAGAAAUGGAUCUUGGGUCUAACUCAACCUCAAAAGCUAGCCCUGGAGACGAGACUAUGGAAGAUGUUUCGUUGGGUGCUUGUGGGCGGAAAAUACCUAGAGUUCCACUGGCAAUGUUACAGAUGGAAUUCAAAGAUCUCAAUCCCACGAGGUCUACUAGUGAGUAUUGCAGUGACUAUAGUCCCAUGGUAGUUUCUAUCGGGCCUUACCAUCCCACGAGGUCUACUAGUGAGUAUUGCAGUGACUAUAGUCCCAUGGUAGUUUCUAUCGGGCCUUACCAUCACGGGAAGCCUGAGCUUCAAGGUGUUCAGAACUUCAAGCAGGAACUACUUGAUUUAUUUAUUUCUGGAGGUCGCACGACUGAUGAUUCCAUACUCGAAGAUUUCAUGGAGCAUAUUGACAUCGCGAGAAGUUAUUAUAUGGAGGGGUCCGUUGCUGCUUAUAGUAAAGAGGAAUUAGCGAAAAUGAUGCUUCUGGAUGCCUGUUUCAUCAUCUCAGUGAAUGACACGGAUACAGCCAAAAGAAUUAGUAGUCGUCUUGGAAAACUGGUGUUGUCAUUGGCUUUCCGCGACAUACUUUUGCUUGAGAAUCAAAUACCGUUUUGGUUUGUCAAGCGAUUUUGGAAGAUACGACAGGGGCCAGCUUACGCAAAUUGGUGGAUCAAGAAUUUUAUAUGCAGAGUUAUAUAUGGAAAUCACAGAAAUGAAGCUGGGGAUAUUGGAAGUGAUAACGACCUGCCACUCUUUCUUCUUGAAGCUCUCCGAAGAGCGAUUGUCGCAGGAACAUGGACCAAAUCCUACAAACCAAAACAUCAUGAUGAUUACGUCGCUGCUGAUGAUCACGACAUUGAAGCAAAGAGAUACGAUUACUCGUUUCAUUCAGUCAGAGAUCUCAAAGAAAAGGGGAUCUAUUUUAAGCCUGGCAGAACUGGUUUAGUGAACGACAUAAAGUUCAAGUCAUUCUGCUUCUACGGCAGGGUUGAAUUACCAACAUUCAUCGUGACAAACAGGUCACGCGUUUGGCUGAAGAACAUAAUAGCUUAUGAAAUGAGCCCGGGGACAAAUGUGGGAUUGGAAGUAAUAUCUUACAUAAAUUUUAUGAAGUCCAUCAUCAAUGAUCCAAAAGAUGUGCAAGAACUACGAGACAAAAGGAUACUCAUCAAUCGACUCAACAGUGACGAUGAAGUAGUCAAAUUGUUCAAGGAGAUCAAUACUUGCGGCUUGGAUGACGAUCAGUUUGUUCUCAGGGUCAAAGAGAGAAUACAGAAGCACUAUAAUAACAAGGCAAAGACAUGGAUGUCUGAACUAAUUAUCACUCACUUUCUCACUCCAUGGAAGGCACUUGCAUUACUUGCUGCUAUUUUCAUUCUUUUUUUGACUGCUUCUCAAACCUAUUUCACUGUUUUUCCAAGAGAUUGAAGAUCGAGAAGGAAUUAGGAGUACCUUCAUGAAGAUCCAUGGUACAUUUUUCAGAACUAUGUAUGUAAAGUGUCCUUCAACGUAUCCCAAAAAAUUCUCAAUUCCUGCUAUUUCGCUCGUAUGUCUUAAAAAGUUCAUGCUUGCACUGUAUGAACUUAUCGCCAUAAUGCUUGCUCCUCAGUGUUAUAUCUACCAAAGCCACUUCAAUAAUAGACUAAUAUUUUGUAA